AUGGCACCAUCCUCCGACAUACAAGCAUUCCGCGACGUCCUAGGGUCAGCAAAGAGUGUCGCAAUUGUUGCGGGGGCUGGGUUGUCAGCUGGCUCAGGAAUACCAACCUAUCGAGGCUCGGGCGGCCUGUGGACGAAACAGGAUCCACAGAAGUAUGCUACUCUGGACGGGUUCAAGCAGGAUGCUGGCGCUAUCUGGCAAUUCUACCAUGCUCGCCGCGCCAAAUGUCUCAAAGCCCAGCCCAACGCCGCUCACCGUGCGCUUGCUUCACUUUCCCUCCCCGCAGCUCGAAAGCGGCCCUUGCCCGCUCUGAGGCCGGACCAGCCCCCUCUUUACGUUACACAAAACUUCGACUCGCUCUCUCCUCGCGCACUGGAAGCGGUCUCGGAACAGCUCACACCUGACGAGUUCAAGACCGCUCAAGACCGGCUGAUCGAGAUGCACGGCUCGGCCUUCAGGACUAUCUGCACUCAGUGCAAACAUGUCAACUUCUCCUACGUCUCCCCACUUUGUCCCGCACUUGCACACGCGCAUGCGGAAGCUGAAGAGUCCGAGCUCCAGCGUGAGAUUCCGAUCGAAGACCUCCCGCGGUGCGGGGGUCCCGAGUGGAAUGGGUCAAACAGAUAUGCGCGCUGCGGAGGGUUGUUGAGGCCAGGAAUUGUGUGGUUCGGCGAGGUGCCCGAAGGGAUGGGCGACAUUGCCCGCGCAUUGAACUGGACGGAUAUCCUCAUCGUAGUCGGGACGUCGUCGUUGGUGCAUCCCGCAGCCGGGUUUGCGAAGAUGGUGAAAAAUCGGGGAGGAAAGGUCGCCAUCUUCAACCUCAACCAGUCGAAGGGCGACGAUGACGCUGACUUCCUUUUUUUGGGCCCAUGCGAAGAGACACUUCUACACGCACUUGGAUUGUCUGACGCAGCGUGA